AUGCAGCCCUCUUUGCUUCUGCUGCGCAUGGCCCGCCAUAGCAGCAGCAUCUCAACGUCUUCAUCCCUUCACCUAUUACGACCUCUUGGUUCCACUGGUGUGCGCUUUAUUACCAAACGUGCGGCGGAUGAGGCUCGUCGCAUGUCCAUAAAGAAGCGCAACCGUCGUGCUGUCAUUUAUCUCGCUGGCACGGCCAUCGCUUGGGUCGGUAUUUCGUACGCCGCUGUCCCGCUGUACAAGAUCUUUUGCCAAAUGACGGGCUUUGGAGGAACAACGCAGCGUGUUGACGAGUUUGUAGCUGAUAAACUGACGCCUCGAGAAGACUCGAAUCCGAUUCGGAUUACAUUCGAUGGUGGUGUUAGCGCCAAUAUGCCGUGGGUCUUUCGACCACAGCAGCGUGACUUGUUGUUAGCACCUGGUGAGACUGCAUUGGCCUUUUACACGGCCAAGAAUAAGACGGACAGGGCAAUUACGGGAGUUGCUACGUACAACGUGUACCCGCCAUCGGCUGGCGUGUACUUUAACAAGAUUCAGUGCUUUUGUUUUGAGGAACAGCGACUCAAGCCAAAUGAGGAGAUUGACAUGCCUGUGUUUUUCUUCAUCGAUCCUGAAAUCUGUGACGAUCCAGCGAUGAAUGGUGUGCAUAAUAUCACGUUAUCCUACACGUUCUUUAAGACGGACGACGUCAGUGAAGACGAAGUGAAUGACGAGGACUAA